ACCUUGCAUCUCACCAUCCCAAUCUUCCCACUGCUCUUUGCGCGGACCUCUGAAAGGCAUCACCGAGUCUCAUAGCAUUUACCGAAUUUGCGGCUUGAAGAGCAGCUUCCCCGCCUUCAUCGUCGCGAGGCAGGCUGCUACUUGAGGCCUUGCAUUCACACGGAACGUCCACAGCGCCUUCCUGCAAGUCGAGAAGCCUUGGCCUCCUGAAGAACGCAGCAUAGCAAGUUCGGUAUCAUCUUCACGAGCAAGGGAAGGGUCAUAAGCGUGACAGUGCAGUCGUGGGUCUCCAUACAGCAUCAGUGGAACCCCCACGUGUCCAUCGUCAUUUUCCACCAACCGAUUCGCUCUGAGCGUCCCAUCCACCCCAGCAUACACUCAUCUCUAACCUCGUCUUUGCGCACGAGACACUCUUUCAAAGAUGGGUAGUCGGCAACAGAGGGUGAUGGUGCAACCCAUCAAUGUCAUUUUCAAGUUCCUCCAACAAAAGACGCGCGUUUCGAUUUGGCUGUACGAUAAUUUGGACUUCAAGUUGGAAGGUGUCAUUAUCGGCUUCGACGAAUUUAUGAACGUGACAUUGGCAGAGGCGGAAGAGGUGCACAUCAGAAAAGAAAAGGCGGGUCAAAGAGCCGAAUUAGGGAGAAUCUUGCUCAAGGGGGACAAUAUAAGCGUCUUGACGGUGGCUCAAUAGUCCAAUACCUCCUGUGAAAACCUCGCCACUGCGAGAUGACGGCGUCGGUCUGUGAUCAGAGGGAGGAAGCUUUGGGCAAGCUGCAUGGUGAUGGACGACCCGGCUUGGCUGGAUCAGGCCAAGUGGGCGACGUGGAACUCGACUGUACUCUCUCGCGUUCCACACGUUGAAGAUGCGCCCACAAAUUGAAUGGCAUAUCCAACCGAUCUGCCAUUCUCCCGUGUUGGGCACUCGCAGAAAAAGAUUGGAUAUAAGAAAAGAAGAUGAAGUGCCGAGCUGCACGAGGGUGAGACGGCUUCGUCAGCUUGUGAAAGACGCCUGCUUGGCGCAGAAAAGGGUG